UUUAGAGACUUUUAACACUUUAAAUUGCACUUUGCUCCGACGGGAUCGUAUCGCACUAUAGACCGUGCUAGUUCUUUAUACGAUAAAUAUCUUCCACUAACGAGAGGUCGUGGUUGUGUUUGUUGUUUGUUGCAUUCAAAAUGGCGAUGAAGAACGAACAAGAUUUUAACCGUACCGCAUUAACCGUUCAAUUAAACAGGGCUUGGUAUACGGGACAAAGGGCAGAGAGAAUACCAGGUGGUCUAAUUGGACUCGUUGGACCAGAUUGUACGGCUCUGGAUUUAUCUUAUAAUAAUCUCGUCUCUGUUACGGGACUCAAGGAAUUUAUACACCUGGAAGAACUCGUAUUGGAUAACAACUGUCUUCGCGAUCUAAAUACCUUGCCAAGAUUACCCGGACUUACAACUCUGAGCGUAAACAACAAUAAGUUGUCGGAUAUAGAGAAUGCUCUGGAUCGCAUAAAGGAGUGUUGUCCUUGUUUGAGGUACGUAAGUCUACUCGGAAAUCCUGGAUCUCCCGAUCAGCUGACGGAUCCGAAUUCGAACGACGAGGACGACUACGAACGGUAUCGUCACUACGCCGUUCACGUGCUUCCUUCUACCUUAAAAUUUCUCGAUUCGCGACCGGUAACGGGAAAGGAACGUAGGGAGGCAAAGGAACGUGGACGUUUUAUGAAAAUGGUAAAAGUAAACUUACCCGACGUAUCGGCCCUCACGUCAGAAGAAUUCUCGGCAGCGGUAGAGGGAAACAGACAACAGUCGAACUCGAAUUUUCUUCAAAGAGUUGCAAAGAAUAAUCCUGAUUACACACCGUUACCGAAAUCCAUCAGGGGACCGUCAGAAUUAAAAAGCGCCUAUGGAAAGUGCAGAUAUCGAUACUCUGGAAAGAAUUCUGAAGGAAAUCGUUUUAUAAGCAACAGCGAUCUUUGAACGUAUUCAACUUGUGUAUUUAGAUUUCUUUUUUAAUUUUUAACAUUUAUACUAUAUCACGAAUUCUCAAUUCGUCUUUCUUCACUCGACGAUAUUAUCAUUAAAUCAAUGACUGAUGUUAAAGUAAACCAACGAGCUAAAUAUGACAGCUAAUCUAAAACAAAUAAUAUAUUUUUAAUCAUAAGUAAAAAAUACGGUUAAUAAAAUUAUUCUUGGUCACCGAUGAAUGCGAUAUUAAUUUUAUCGUAAAUGGAAAUCAAAGAAUUGAAACUGA